GCCGCCGUCGGAGGACUCAGCCGCGGGUGGGAGCGGGCGGUGGGCGCGGGUGGGCGGGGAGCGGCCGCCACCCCCGCCCGCCCCCCUCUCCCCGCGGGCUGGGGGUGAUGGCGCCGAGCCCACCCCCCGGCCGCCCGGGGAGCGCCGUGGGCGAGCCCGGCUGUGCCGGGGGAAGUUGAAGGCUGGGCCCCCCGGCGGGCCGCUCCGCCGGCGGCGAGGGGGCGGGCGGCGCCGGGGGCCCGAGGAGGAGCCCGAGCAUCCCGGGCGGCGGGGAGAGCUGGCGAGCGGGCGGAGGGGCUUCAUGGGCGGCUCACGCCAACAUGGUCCUCGCCCUCAACGGCAGUCACCUCUACGGUAACCUCCGGCCCUCGGUCCUGGAGGACCCGCGGGCGCUGAGCGGCGGCAGGAUGAUCGCCGGCUCCUGGCCCCCGCGCAGCCUGGCCAAGCUUGGCCCGUCGCCCCCUCCGUCGGCGCUGCCCACGGCGAGCCCCCUCCCCGCCAACGACUCCCAGUGCGGGGAGCAGAUCCUCAGCUACGGCAACGUGGAGAAAGUUGUCAUCGGGGCCGUCCUCUCCCUCAUCACCCUGCUGACCAUCGCCGGCAACUGCCUGGUGGUCAUCUCCGUCUGCUUCGUGAAGAAGCUGCGGCAGCCCUCCAACUAUCUCAUCGUCUCGCUGGCCCUGGCCGACCUCUCGGUGGCCCUGGCCGUCAUGCCCUUCGUCAGCGUGACCGACCUCAUCGGCGGCGAGUGGAUCUUCGGGCGCCUCUUCUGCAACGUCUUCAUCGCCAUGGACGUCAUGUGCUGCACGGCCUCCAUCAUGACUCUCUGCGUGAUAAGUAUCGACAGGUACCUGGGAAUAACGAGACCUCUCACGUAUCCUGUAAGGCAGAAUGGGAAGUGUAUGGCCAAAAUGAUCCUGAGUGUAUGGCUCUUAUCUGCCUCUAUCACUAUACCCCCACUCUUCGGCUGGGCCCAAAAUGUAAAUGAUGAAAAGGUUUGUUUGAUCAGUCAAGACUUCGGCUACACCAUUUACUCCACAGCAGUUGCAUUUUAUAUUCCAAUGUCAGUGAUGCUCUUCAUGUACUAUCAGAUUUACAAAGCUGCCAAGAGGAGUGCUGCUAAACACAAGUUUGCUGGCUUUCCCCGGCUGGAAGAAAUGGAAGCAAUUUCUAUGAACGGAGUUGUAAAACUGCACAAGGAAUCUGAAGAAUGUACUAAUUUUUCACGACUCCUAAAGCAUGACAAGAAAAACAUUUCCAUCUUUAAAAGAGAACAGAAAGCUGCCACUACACUUGGGAUUAUUGUUGGGGCUUUCACCAUCUGCUGGCUGCCCUUCUUCCUCCUCUCAACCGCCAGGCCCUUCAUCUGUGGUACAGCAUGCAGCUGUAUCCCGCUGUGGGUUGAGAGAACAUUUCUAUGGUUGGGUUACGCAAACUCUCUCAUUAACCCUUUUAUAUAUGCCUUCUUCAAUCGGGACCUGAGGACAACUUAUCGCAACCUCCUGCAAUGCAGAUACAGGAACAUCAACCGGAAACUAUCAGCUGCAGGGAUGCACGAGGCUCUGAAGCUUGCAGAAAAGCCAGAAUUUGUUCUGAGAAGUUCUGAUUUCUCCAGGGAAAAAGAGUCAUGACCAAAUGUGCAUCAAAGCAGCCAGUAAAGGUCAAGCCAGAACUGGAGAAAGGAAAAUGAAGAAUUGGCUUCUGAAGAACCAGAUAGAUUGGUGAAAUGUACUUCAUCUUCUUUUGAUGGGAACAUGCUAAAAAUACUCAAUGAGCUCAAUAUAUUACGUUAAAUACAUUUCCACCGGAAGUAGUCACAUCUUGUUUGUUAUGAAGAAAUGUGCUGAUACAUACAAAUGAAAAUAGUUUUCUGCCUGAGAAAGCCAAAUCAUUUCAGCAAUAAACUUGGCAUAUGGGGAGGAGAAAAAUAGGCAACUAAAACUCAAAGGUGAAGCACUGUACAGAUUUCCAUCACAUUAAAUAAUGUAGAAGAGCAUUCAUUUAUGUUUAUCAUGCUUGUGGAUUGUAAUAUUGGUAUUAAUAUUCAGGGAUCAUCAGUGAUACCAAAUGUAUUUUGUUGUACUACAAAAAGAAGUUUUCGAGCCAAUGGUGGCUCGGGGAUGCUUUCAGGGCUCGUGUUAAAGAGAUGCUAUGCACCUGCAAUGGGAUUGAGAAAGGCAACAAUAAAAGACUGAUUUUUGUAAAAGCAUCCUGUUGUACUAAGUAAAUGUCUGUUUACUUGUUAACAUACACAUGCUUUGUUCUCCAUAACCUUUUAAAAAAGCUGCCAUCGAGUUACUGUCUGACAAAAGUUAAGAGACAGAAUUAGAGCGCACACCUGUUACAACACAGUUAAUUUACAGAUACGAUUGCUUUGCUUUAAUGUUUUAAUUUUCUUGACCUGCCAAUUUAUAAAAAACAAUUCUAUCUCAUUUUAACUCAAACAACUAUAAAAGGCUGGAGAAUUUCCAUAGCACUUUGCUUUUUGUCCUACUGCCUAGCCAGACUAGACUGAGAAAUACAUGUUAAUUUUUAAAAUGUGUUUAAGAACUGUUAUUUAUGCCAAUGUCUCGUUAUAACUAAAAUAAACCCCUUUGACUUGACAAAACUUAAAUAGGCAAGUGUUAAUGACCAUUUGUCCCGGGGAAAAUUGAUUCAAGAGAUCAUGCCUUUGAACACUUUUGGGUUUUUUGAGCUUAUUAUAUUCAUUUCUUCUCAGUUUCUAAACUAUACAUGGUUAAAAAAUCCACAAUGCAGCAGGGUAUAGCAUUCGUAAAUGCUAUCUUCUUUAAAUCUUUACAUCUUGAUGAGCACUUGCCUUAUUUCCAUAGCCAUAUGAUUUGUGCUAACUUGGUCUCCUACUUGCAGUUUAACCAAAAUGCUGCUGGUAAAUCGUCCACUGACUACACACACCAUUACAGCUUUGAUUUCCUGUGUUUAAAUUAACAUACAAGUUCACAAUAGUUAUCUAAAUAAGAAGCCAGGCAUCGACCAACACAAGACAACUCAUUACUUAUCAGCGAGAGAUGACUACAGAAUGCAAAUCAAUCCAUGCUAAGUCUAUGUAAAACCUAGGACGGAAAGCCUAGCCCAUUUUCUGCUCACUGUCUGACACCCUAAGCUGACGUCUGCAGUUAGGCAAGAGAGCACCAGGGUAGCGUAUUUUCAUUGUAUGAGGUCAGCAAGACUCUUUUCAGUAUUUCACUGAUAAAAAUAAUCACUGUGAACUCUGCAUUUGAAACAAAAUGAGUCUUAUAAUUUGCUUUAUUUCCCAAAGGCAAUGAGACAGCAACGCUUUUCACUGGGUUAGCUUUAAGUAUUUAAGAGGAAAUGGGACAAUUAUUGUCAAUGGGCAAUGGACCAGUUCUGGUUGGAUUACACGAGAAUAUAUUCAGGGAAACUCAUCUGAAGUUAAAAUUACACUGGCAAAUAAUACUAUAACUGGAUCUAAUGAGAAAGAGAGAUGAUAGAGUCAUAAAUGGACAAAAAACCCCAAAACAUUAAAAAGAAAAAAAAGUCUGUUUCUUCUUUUAAAAAACCCAAACCUUAAAAUAAAGGGCAGUAGUCAUACUCUGAAACUAAUUUUUAAGCUUUAUGGUCUCAUUUGCGUGUCCAUUAUACAAAGGCAAUGAAACAAUUUUACUUAGAUGAAUUAGAGUUUCACUUCCCUUGUUCAUGACAUUGUGUCAAAAACUUCACAAGUGAAAUGGAAAAAUUAUACAUCAUAUGAAUAAUUAAAGUGGUUUUUUUUAAAAAAAAAACAACCAAAAAAAUGCUACAGAUGAUACCUUUCUGUGAAAAUUCAUGGGAUUUUUUAAUACUGCUGUUGUAAGCUUAAGUGAAAAUUUAUGUUUUAGCAGAAAUAUAACCAAGGACAAGAGUCAAAAAGUGCUUUUACCUGUUAGGGAUCUACAGUUCUAGAUAGAUAUAUUUAUACAUAUAUAUAUAUAAAACACACAUCCAGUCCCUCAUAUUUUAGAAUGGUACUGCUUCAUGAAAAGAAGGCAACAAAUGUUAUUACCUAAUAAACAUUUGUUUCUUUUAAUAUCUAUUAGAUUCCCAGAAUCUUGCAGAAAUUAUGAGAAUAUUUUGGAAUAAGUUGCAGCAUCAUGGGUCUAUAAAGUUGCAGUUGUGCCUGAUUUUUUCCUGAAGAGUUUUUCAUCCAGGAGUUUUUGGACUUGUAAACAACACAAAGAACAUUGGGAACUACAGAAUACCAAUACUUCAUCAUACAAGAUGAAGCCCUUUUUUUUUUCUUACUGUAACCGUCAGGUCUGUCACCUCUCUCAAAGCAAUGCACAAACCCACACAAUAACUAGAAGAAUAACUCAAGGCUAAGUACAUAUUCAAGAGAUGCAUCAUAGUACAUAUUCAAGAGAUGCAUCAUAGCAAACAAUGUAUACAGUAUUUUAGACGAUUAGGGAAAAAGUGGGACUGAUCAAAAGAAGUCUAGAGAUUAGAUGGCCUGCUGGGACGAUGAAUUGAGCUUUCAAUAGUUUCUGUAGCCAGCAGCACAAAAGCUGCACACAGACCUGCCUUACACUGAGAUAACGCAAGUCCCGGGCUGUAGGCAUAAGACUAGCACAGUGAAUAAUGCCAGGAACAAGGCUCAGACUCUCAGUCUGAGAAGAUGCCAUUCUAGCUCCGUCACCAAACCUGUUCUGGGAUGUGACAGUGAGCAGCUUGCGUUUUCAAAGGGCUGCCUUAUGGUAGUUACCAUUGCAUUUAUCAAUUUUACUAAAUAAAAUUCAGUUCCCCAAAGUUUUGCAAACCCCUUGAUGUUUCACUAUGUGCCCCAGCCUGUCUUGUUCUCCAUAUGUAUUCUUGGGGUCAACAGACAUCCAAGGUAUUUGGUGGACCAGAACACUUUUAUUAUAUCUCUCCUGUUCUUCCCUCAUUAUCAUUUUUUUGUCCAGGUUCAUCUGUUCAUUACAAACCUAAAGCUUUUUGCCUAGCUGCCCUCUUAAUUCUAAUGUAAAGUUCUUACUAUAUAAGGUAGCUUUAUUCAUUUGACAAAGUGAUUAAUUCACUUCAGACCUGAGCAAAAACUAAAUACAAUGACAAAAGAAGAAAUUUUUUCUUAUUACCAGAAGAUGCACUGCUGGAAAAGUUGUGUGAAAGCACAAAAAAUCGUAUCUAUGUAUAAUAUGAAAACAGUCAGAUGUUCUUGAUAAUUAUAAUAGAUAAAAGUGAAUUUUAUGUAUUAUUUCAGUCAGACGGGACUUUUAAUAUGCAAAACUCACCAGAGGAUUGAGCUGAAACUCUAUAUAUUUUAAGUAAUUUAUUUUUCCUUGAUGAGAUCUAGUAAAAGUGUAAAGGUGGUUAACAUAAGAGACUACUUCCCACAAAUAGCUUACCAAGAAAUACAAAUACAAGGAAAUUAAGUUCUUCAAGUUGUAAGUGGCCUGCCCUGAAAAUGCUGAGUGUCUUUGGUUGCAAUAUGAGUCUUAUUUUUAAAACAAAGAAUUGUUGCCACUUGCAUUGUAAAUGAUUCCAAUUUAUAUAGCAGACCAAUUUAGUAAAAAAGGAAAUAGGGUUCUUCUGUAUUAGGUACUGAGCUAUAUUAUGCUUUUAAAAUGUGUAAGCCC